AUGUUGUCUUUGAAUGAUGCUGCUCAUAAUGCUGAACAAUAUUCAGCUUUUGUCGAACAGCAUAUGAAUGAACGUCGCCAACGUGUUGAACAACUUGAUUCUUUUGUUCGUCAUCGACUUCGACUUUAUCGAGAAGCACAAGAACAUGUUCAGCGACAAACAACGAAUAAAACUAUUGAAACAGUUGCUUUACCACCUCCACCAACAUCAGGUGACACAGUUGUUGUUUUAUCACAACGAGCUACAACUCCACUUCUCGAAAAAUCAUCGUCAUCAUCAUCAUCGUUUCAUCCAUGUGAAAUGACAAACCGUGUUCGUCAUAGUAAACAACGUUUAGCAUCAAAACAACUUAUUCAAUCAGCUGAUACUUCAUCAACCGAUGAUAUACAACCUGUUGGAACUUGGCUUAAUCCUGCACCAAUAAUAACACCAAGGACAAAUGAACAACCACGACCUUCAUCAGCAACAACACUUCAGCGAUCCAUGAGUGAAAAUCAUCUUUCAACAUUUGCACUUAAAGCAUUGACUAAUUCAUUAACUAAUGGUUUAACAAAUAUUGAAAAUCGUAAACGUCUUCAAGCAACACGUGCUUUAUUUAUGACUAUUGAACGACGAAAAGUUAAAGAAAAUUUACUUUUAAAUAAACAAAAUAAAGAAAUGCAACGUCUUGUUGAAUUGAAAGAAGCUGAACGUUUGCAUCAAGAAGAAUCUCUAGCACAAAGACAAGUUUCAACAACUCAUACUGUUUCAGGUUAUUAA